AUGGGCGGAUACGUCAUUAGUAGAAAUUCGGAGGUCUCGGAGGUGUCUUCGUUCAUGAGCCCAUUGAGAUGCACAUUAGAUGGUCGGAUUGACGGCCGUUUAGAUAAUAAAGAAGGGAGAAGCACCCGCUACACAGUGCCAGAAGGAUUAGGGAAUAUCCCGGAUGAGGCUACAUCUAGGGAAAGCAAAACCUUCACCGGAGUCGACGAACCUUCACGCUAUAAGCUCUUAUUUCCACACGAUAUUCACAACCAUUUUCAUCUGAUAGAUGAGGAUAGCAAUGUUACUACAAAUACCUGUCAUGCAUUCUCCCCGGACAUGGGUUCAAAUUCCAGGCACCAAUCACUUCAGCAUCCCAGGUUGAUUGUAAAUGGGCGGAACGACAGGAUCAAUAGAUCCCGAAAAAUCUCAUCAACUACGAGUAGGGAUAUAACAAAGACGCCCGGUAGUCCUCAAAGAUCUGAACUUCCAAAAACGCCGAUGUCCUGGAGCUCUGAGGAUGAUAUCCUCCUUAGAGACUUGAAAGAGCUACGGAAGCUUGGCUGGAAAGAAAUCUCUGCUUAUUUCCCAAAGCGAACGGCACACGCCUGCCAAUUCCGUUGGCGUAGAUUGGUUUCUGGAACUCUUAAGGGCCACAGACAAUGCCCUCCGCAGAUCACCGGCACUCAGUCUCUACCAGCAUCUAGUAACCGAAGUGUCGGAGAAGGAAAUGGAUUCCUUGGGACAUUCGAUAGCCAAAGACGAAAACAGCAUCCUACGAGUAUAUUUGAUAUCACCUCGUCUGAUGCCGACUCAAAAAUACUAGAGACAACCCUGUCCUCUCCAUCAUCCCCGUCUGACUUUGCCGAGACAAAAUGUUCACAAAAUAGAGGGUCGGUUUCCAGAUCAGUAAGCAUGAGUCCACCAAUGCGGAGGUCGCUCUACAGCCAAAUAUCGAGCGAGAGGGAAAACGACCACAGUGUUUGGGAACCGGAUGAAGGCCAGGAACGAGACUGCCCUGAGGCUAGGCAUCUCGGGAGGGUACUGGAGGACCCGAUCAGAGCGUGCAAUUCAUCUGCUUCUCAGAUACACCUCAGGCUUGAUAGCACGAGCGUUUUGCCAUAUGGGGGUGGUAACUACCGGACUUCCGAAAGCACUUCGUGGACGAGUGAAGAGGACAGCUUGCUGCUCAACCGCCGGCUCAGUUUCGAUGAGGUUAGUAUUCUAUUACAUCAUCGUUCUGAAGAGGCUAUAUGGUCGAGGAUGGGUGUGCUACGCUCCUCGAUUCCGAAAUCAGUAAGGCUUGGAUGCGCCUCGUUGGUGACUUAG